AUGGACUGGGGGCAUGAGCGUGACAUCAACCAUCACCUUGAUGAUCACUUUACCAUCCCAGACCGUCAACAUCUAGCUCCUGAAGAUAAAGAGACGAUGGUCAACCUCUCUCCUGCGCUCAAAGAGCGAUUUCAGCGGAUGCAACUCGUUUAUCAUAUCCGCUUAUUGCAUCGCUUUGACCAUAUCUUGUUAGGUGGCUUCCACAUUGAGGAGGCGAUUUAUGGUCCCCUCUACUACUAUCCCGGUCGCGUAGCGAGUGAGAUACGCCAGUAUGAAGAGGAGAUGCCAAAGAACGCGAUCUUGGUGCAUUUGACAGCUAGUGCAGAAGUGAUUCAAAGGCGUAUGGAGACAGAUCCUCACGAGUAUUCCCUCAUUAAGAAAGAGGAUAUUCCGAUGCUUCUGGAUCGUUUCCAAGCAAGAAUUUGA